AUGGCCACGGCGGCGGGGCCCUGGCCGGCCCCGGAGCCGCCGCCCUGCGUCCCGGAGCCGGCGGGCGCAACCAAGGCGGCGGCGGCGGGGCCGGGGGUGGCCGAGAAGGCGGCGGCGGCGGCGGAUUGCCUGGUGUGCGGCGACAAGGCGAGCGGGAAGCACUACGGGCAGUUCACCUGCGAGGGCUGCAAGAGCUUCUUCAAGCGCUCCGUGCGCCGCAACCUCUCGUACAGCUGCCGCGGCGGGCGCGACUGCCCCGUGGACCAGCAUCACCGCAACCAGUGCCAGUACUGCCGCCUCCGCAAGUGCCUCCGCGUCGGCAUGCGGCGGGAAGCCGUGCAGCGGGGCCGCAUGGCGCAUCCGCAGAGCAGCCCCGGGCACUACCCGCUGGCCAACGGGGACCCCUACGCUGGCCACAGCUACCUGAGCGGCUUCAUCUCGCUGCUGCUGCGCGCCGAGCCCUACCCCACGGCCCGCUACGGGGCCCAGUGCCUGCAGCCCAGCAACGUCAUGGGCAUCGAGAACAUCUGCGAGCUGGCCGCCCGCCUCCUCUUCAGUGCCAUCGAGUGGGCCAAGGGCAUCCCCUUCUUCCCGGACUUCCAGCUCUCCGACCAGGUGGCCCUGCUGCGCAUGGCGUGGAGCGAGCUGUUCGUGCUCAACGCGGCGCAGUGCGCCAUGCCGCUGCACGUGGCGCCGCUGCUGGCGGCCGCCGGCCUCCACGCCGCCCCCAUGUCGGCCGACCGCGUCGUCGCCUUCAUGGACCACAUCCGCGUCUUCCAGGAGCAGGUGGAGAAGCUCAAGGCGCUGCACGUGGAUGCCGCCGAGUACGCCUGCCUYAAGGCCGUGGCGCUCUUCACGCCGGAUGCGGUGGGGCUGUCGGAGCUGGGCCCCGUGGAGAGCGUGCAGGAGAAGUCGCAGUGCGCGCUGGAGGAGUACGUGCGGAGCCAGCACCCGAGCCAGCCGAGCCGCUUCGGGCGCCUGCUGCUGCGCCUGCCCUCGCUGCGCCUCGUCGCGGCGCCCGUCAUCGAGCAGCUCUUCUUCGUGCGCCUCGUGGGCAAGACGCCCAUCGAGACCCUCAUCCGGGACAUGCUGCUCUCGGGCUCCACCUUCAACUGGCCCUACAUCGCCAUGCAGUGA